AAACACAUUCAGAGGAUGCCAACAAGGCCAGCUUCCUCAAAUGACACAGGAAACAGAAGAGCUAUAAAUCACUCGCCGGUGAACAACCCUGGUCACUUCCACAACCACCUGCAGAAGGACAGAAGAAACUUCCGAUCUUCCUGGAAACACAAGAUGAUUCUGCCAGUGGUGUUCCUGUGUCUUGCAGCUGUGCUGCCUCUGUCCGCUGGAGUGGAACCUGGAGGUUUUGAUGCUCUGUCAACUAGCAGAGCAGAUCAGCAAAAGGUGAUUGUUGACAAACAUAAUGCCCUCAGGAGAGGAGUAAAACCAACUGCCAGCAACAUGUUGAAGAUGGAAUGGUCUUCUCCAGCUGCAAAGAAUGCCCAAAACUGGGCCAAUCAAUGUACUUUAAGUCACAGUCCUGCUAACAUGAGGAAAACUACUGUAGUAUGCGGUGAAAACCUCUUCAUGUCAACUGCCCCUUUCUCGUGGCCAGAUGCUAUUCAGGCCUGGUAUGAUGAGGAGAAAGAUUUUGCCUAUGGAACUGGAGCAAAAACACCAGGUGCUGUGAUUGGCCAUUACACUCAGGUGGUUUGGUACAAUUCUUAUCAAAUUGGAUGUGCUGUCGCUUUCUGUCCCAACAGUAAAUACAAGUACUUUUAUGUCUGCCAGUACUGCCCUGCGGGGAAUCUAGUAAGUUCAAUUCCCAAGCCCUACAAAAAAGGAGUACCCUGUGGUGAUUGCCCUAAUGCUUGUGAGAACGGAUUAUGCAGCUCUUUCCUGGCUGCACGGUGCAACAGUUCGUUCCCAAAAAUUCAAGAAAAAGAUAUUAUGGAUUUCCUGACUUUGUGUGUGUGUCCACCUCCUCUGCUGCAUCACCUUGCUAGACAGGAAACAACAGGUGAUGCACAUGCAGAUCUUAUGAGGGACAGAGAUCAUCUGUGCCCUCAGCUGGUCCAAGAAAUGCUCCAGAUCCUCAUGUUUGAUACCCUGAAAUCCAGCUUUGGCACCCGCAAUCCUCUGUUUGGCACCCAGGCUGCUCGCACAGUGCCUUACACAAGAGCUUGUGCAACAGCUCUGGAUUGCCUCCGGGAUCAGGCACAGCCUCAGGGUGAAGGAGAGACUGACCGUGCAGUCACAAAACAGAUUCGCACCAUUACCAUCAGACGGACCAGUACGAACAAGGAGCUGCAUUUCCUUUCUUCUCCCUCCCCACCAAACCCACAUUUGGUUGCUAUAAGAGGUGAACGAGUGUAUGAGCUCAAUUAUGGGCAAGUAGCAGGUGUGUUUGAAAGACAAAAUAGCAGUUGUGCAGUGUACCUGGAUAUUCCACGUAAAUGGAAUACAUAUGGUAUGUGCAGUAUUGUCCAUCGUCAUUCCUAUGGUUCCUGCAUAUCAGACUGUGGAAUGGCUCAGAUUCAGCAAGAGAUGGAUCUACUAACUGCAAUCGUUUUCCUGGCUGCUUUGCUACACCAAUCUGAUGGACAGAUUUUUCAGUAUAAACAAAUUGGCAUUUCCUCCUUUCCUCAUUCUAAGUUUCAAAACCAAAACCAGAUCGUUGAGCAACACAAUGAAAUACGGAGAUCUGUAUUUCCCACGGCCACGAACAUGCUGAAGAUGGUGUGGAGUGAGAAAGCUGCCACAAGUGCUCAGAAAUGGGCAAAUAAGUGUGGGAUGAAAAUCAGUCCAAAAGAACAGAGAAUCGUUAAUGGUAUCACCUGCGGUGAGAAUGUAUUACUGUCAUCUUACCCAAGAACAUGGGAUGAAACAAUUAGAGUCUGGCACAGUCAGUCUUCCAAUUUCAAGUACGGAUUUGGAGCAACUGCGAAAAACGUCAAUAUCGAAAGCUUCACUCAGCUAAUCUGGUACAACAGCUACCAGAUUGGAUGUGCAGUCGCCUACUGUCCUAGGAGCCAGUUCAACUACUUUUAUGUUUGCCAAUACUGUCCUCCAGGAAAUAAUGCAAUGCAAAUAGCUACACCUUACAAAAGCGGACCAAAAUGUGCAGACUGUCCCGGCCACUGUGACAGAGGGCUUUGCACCAAUCCUUGCAAGCAUCAAGACUACUUUGGAAAUUGCAGAAAUCUGAAAAUCUUGUUUAGCUGUAACCAUUCCCUGGUGAGGAACAAGUGUCCUGCUACCUGUAGAUGCACCACUCAAAUCGUAUAACGUCCUGGUGGAUGUGAUUAUGGCUGCUGCGAGACUGAUUAGGAAAGAGUAGAACUCACUGUGAGGUGUAUUCACUCUCAGCGCAUCAGCUCAGAUUGACCUAUAGGAAACACUUUUUUUCUGAAAUCUCACCAUUACUUCGGUCCUA